UAUUUCGUGUUUAACAUUAAUAAUAAAUUAAGUGCGUGAAAUUAUACAGAGAGAAAUUAUUUUCAGGUUUUUGUUCAUCGCUCUCGUUUUCUUCGUUCUGUCCCCGAGAAAAUGGCGUCCGGUUUGAUCGGAAGGGUGGUUGGGGCAAAGCCGGCGAGGCUAUCCGUGGCGGCGCGUCUAAUUCAGUCGCGGUGGAUGGCUUCGGAGACUGAGGCGCAAAAGGUCGAACCGAAGGCAUCCAGCGGCGGCGGAGGGUCGAACGUGAAGACUUUCCAGAUCUAUCGGUGGAAUCCGGAUAAUCCUUCGAAGCCCCAGCUUCAGGAUUACCAGAUCGAUCUGAAGGAGUGUGGCCCGAUGGUUCUCGAUGCUCUGAUCAAGAUUAAGAACGAGAUUGAUCCGUCGAUCACUUUCCGUCGCUCGUGCCGGGAAGGGAUCUGCGGUUCGUGCGCGAUGAACAUCGACGGAUGCAACGGUCUCGCGUGUCUCACGAAAAUUCAAUCUGGGCCUUCGCCGACGACCAUCACCCCGUUGCCGCAUAUGUUCGUGAUUAAGGAUCUGGUUGUGGAUAUGACGAACUUUUACAACCAGUACAAGAGUAUCGAGCCAUGGUUGAAGAGGAAGAACCCACCGGAGGUUCCUGGGAAGGAGAUUCUGCAGAGCAAGAAGGAUAGGGCUAAGCUCGACGGGAUGUACGAGUGUAUCCUGUGCGCUUGCUGCAGCACAUCCUGCCCCAGCUACUGGUGGAACCCGGAGUCCUACCUUGGCCCUGCAGCUUUGCUCCACGCCAAUAGGUGGAUAAGCGACAGCCGUGAUGAGUACACUGAGGAAAGACUUGAUGCCAUCAAUGAUGAGUUCAAACUGUACCGUUGCCAUACAAUCUUGAACUGUGCCCGAGCUUGUCCGAAGGGAUUGAAUCCGGGCAAGCAGAUCGCACACAUCAAGCAGCUUCAGCUGUCUUAAUUCAUGAGAGACACAUUCAGCUUGUAUUGCUUUAAGCUAAUAAUCUGCAAGAACUGAUUCAUUCUUGUAUUAUCCGAUAUUAGCCCCCCCAAACUUUUUGCAAAUUUCCUCCACAUGACAUGAAUGUGCUUUGUGGCGUGUUUUGGCUGAUAUUUCUUGCAGCUCAGGAAUAAAACUCAACUUCUUUGUUAUGUC